AUGGGCUCCUGCAACUGUAUGGGUUCCAAAAAAGAAGACGGAAGUGUAACCCUCGACAACUCAAUUCCUAAUAAUAAUAAUCAGAAACUUCUGCCAGAUUCUCUUCCUUCUUCUGUUCCAUCUGGAACUAAUGCAUCUAACGUCAAACUAGAAUCAAUAUCUCCUGAAGAUGUGCAGCUCCCAAAGCCAGUUCAAAUCCCUCCUAAAAGAAAUAACAUUCGAAUUCAAUCUGUAUGCAGAGGCUAUUUCGCUCGGAAAUCUUAUGCUACAAAUUUAAAAGCAAAGGCGAGUAAACCCGAGCCAGCAAAAAUUUGGAAUUCUCCAUUUACUAUUGAAGAUGCGAAAAAUUUACUUAGUCCUCUAGUAAAAGAAAUCCUAGAAACAUUGCCACCUUUCCAAUAUAGUGCUGAACAAAAUCCUGGAAAUAUUACAAUAAUUAAAAUUCCUGACGGAAGCAUUUAUGAAGGAGAAUGUAACGGAGAAAACCAACAGCACGGUAAAGGAACUUUGUAUUCGCAUGACGGCUCUUUCUAUCAAGGAUAUUGGAAAGCUGGAAAAUUUCAUGGAAAAGGAAGAAAAAUUUCUCCUACUGGAGAUUACUACGAAGGAGAUUGGGUAGAAGGGCUCAUGCAAGGUAAAGGGAAAAUGAUAUAUUCCAUGAAAAAUGUAUAUGAAGGGGAAUGAUUUUCAAAUAAGCAGCAAGGCUUUGGCAUUGAGACAUGGGUUGAUGGCUCGAGAUAUGAAGGAAAUUAUAAGGACGGAUCAAAAAGUGGAUUUGGAAAAUUUUCCUGGGCAGAUGGAAGCCAUUAUGAAGGAGAGUUUGCUAAUAAUGAAAUUGAAGGAAAAGGAAAAUAUGUUUGGAAUAACGACAGACAAUACGAAGGAGAUUGGAAGAAUAAUAAAAUGCAUGGGAAAGGGAUAUUUAAAUGGUCUGAUGGAAGAUAUUAUGACGGGCAAUAUGUAAUGGACCAAAAAGAAGGCUGGGGCAUUUUUGGCUGGCCAAAUGGCAAAAAAUAUGAAGGAAAUUGGUUAAAUGGAAAACAGCAUGGACAAGGAACUCUUUAUAACGAAAGAGGAAAAGGAAGAAAAGGAGUAUGGGAAAACGGAAAAAUGAAAAAGGAACCUUCUGACAAAUCUUCAGAAAAAAAUGACUAG